AUGAGUGCCCCUCAACAGCAAAACGAGGCGGAAAAAAACAUCGAAAUAUGGAAGGUUAAAAAACUGAUCAAACGCCUCGAGGCGGCCCGGGGUAACGGUACCUCCAUGAUUUCUCUCAUCAUUCCACCCAAAGAUCAGGUCUCGCGUGCGGCAAAGAUGUUGGCUGAAGAAUUCGGUACUGCCUCGAACAUCAAAUCUCGAGUCAACCGUCUAUCUGUCCUGUCAGCCAUUACCUCCACUCAGCAACGUCUAAAGCUGUACAACAAAGUCCCCCCGAACGGCCUGGUCGUCUACUGUGGAGAAAUCAUCACCUCCGAAGGAAAGGAAAGAAAGAUCAACAUAGACUUUGAGCCGUUCAAGCCUAUCAACACCUCGCUCUACCUUUGUGACAACAAAUUCCAUACCGAGGCUCUCAGCGAACUUCUCGAGUCGGAUCAGAAAUUUGGUUUCAUCAUCAUGGAUGGUAACGGAGCACUCUUUGGCACACUUAGCGGAAAUACAAGAGAAGUUCUCCAGAAGUUCUCGGUCGAUCUGCCCAAGAAGCACGGCCGUGGUGGUCAAUCUGCCCUUCGUUUUGCUCGUCUCAGAGAAGAAAAGCGUCACAAUUACGUGCGUAAAGUUGCAGAACUGGCAGUUCAGAACUUCAUCACCAACGACAAAGUCAAUGUUGCCGGGUUGGUCCUAGCUGGUUCGGCCGAUUUCAAGAACGACUUGAACCAGUCGGACAUGUUCGACGGUCGUCUUCAAGCUAAAGUGAUCAAAGUCGUCGAUGUCUCUUAUGGUGGCGAGAACGGUUUCAAUCAGGCCAUCGAUCUCGCUUCCGAAACCUUGAGUAAUGUUAAAUUUAUCCAGGAGAAGAAGCUGAUCGGCAAAUAUUUCGAGGAGAUCAGUCAAGACAGUGGCCGUGUCUGCUACGGUGUUGAAGAUACUUUGAAAGCCUUGGAACUGGGUGCUUGCGAAACCCUGAUUGUUUACGAAAACUUGGAUGUCACCCGAUGGGUUCUGAAGGCUUCGGAUGGCUCUGAAAAGAUUUUCCACACUACCAAGGCCCAAGAGGCUAAUCGUGAGCAAUUCAUGGACAAAGAAACUGGCCAGGAAAUGGAAGUAAUCGAUCAGAGUUCUUUCCUCGAGUGGCUCGCCGAGAAAUACAAGGAUUUUGGUGCCGCAUUGGAGUUUGUCUCUGACCGAUCCAGCGAAGGCAACCAAUUUGUGAAAGGCUUUGGUGGUAUCGGUGCUAUCUUGCGCUACAAGGUCAACUUUGAACAGUUGGCUGACGCUGACGACGAAGACGAAUUCUAUGAUGAUUGA